AUGGGAUCCUGUCAAUUAUUCUCUAAUCUUUCGGAAUUAAAAAGCUUUGUAAUAACUCAUCAUAAUACAAUUGAUAUUUGUCAUGAAACAUGUAAUAAUGAUAAUAAUAAUAAAUUGAAUAUUGUUUAUCUUCGUUAUACAAUUGGUAAAGUCAAAAAUUUACGGCCAUUAGUUUUUUCUUGUUUAGAUAAACUUGAAAAUCUUGAUAUAAGUAAUGGCAGCCUCGAAAUUAUUGAAAAUGGAGCAUUUAAUGGACUUGAGAAGCUCAAAAGUUUAACAUUGUCAUCGAAUAAAUUGACACAUAUUGGUCGAAAUAUUUUUGAAAAAUUAAUAAAUCUAAAUUCACUUAUACUGAGAAAUAAUAAAAUUAACAAUAUUGAUGAUCAGACAUUUGAUAAACAAACAUUGUCAUCUUUAGAUUUAAGUUACAAUGAGUUGAAAUUUAUAAAUAAAUAUACAUUUUAUGGUAUUGAAUGUAAACAUGUAUACGUGGGAAAUAACGAUAAACUUAUUGAAAAUUUUAUUGCUUGGAAUGUCGACGAAUCGAAAAUACAAACAGAUUGUAUUGUUCAGGGUAUAAUACAGAUUUGUACAAAAUUAAAUUCCUUAUCAUCUGUCGACGUUAUAAUACAUGAUUUUUCACCGGAUUUUCCAUUACCAAGUAGCAAACUCGAAUUAUCUGGAAUAUCGUCAAUUGGUAGAAAUGCAUUUAACAAUUCAAACAUAAAUGCUCAUUUCAAAGUAUUAGAAAUACAUUAUACUGAAAAUCAUGAAUUUAUUAUUUAUCCUGAAUCAUUUGAGGGUUUGAUAAACUUGGAAGAUUUGAUUCUUAAUGUUGGAGCAAUAACAUUGACAAACAAUUUAUUUGAUAAGCUAAAAUCACUCAAUGCUUGGAAUUUUGAUGAAUUUAAAAUACAAACUGAUUGUAUUAUUCAAGGUAUAUUACAGAUUUGUACAAAAUUAAAUGCCUUAUCAUCAGUCGACGUUAUCAUACAUGAUUUUUCACCGGAUUUUCCAUUACCAAGCAGCAAACUCGAAUUAUCUGGAAUAUCAUCAAUUGGUAGAAAUGCAUUUCAAAAUUCAAACAUAAAUGUAUAUUUCAAAGUAUUAGAAAUACAUUAUACUGAAAAUCAUAAAUUUAUUAUUUAUCCUGAAUCAUUUGAGACUUGGAGAAUUCCUCAAUUCACUGCUGCUCAUAUGAAUGAAAAAUAUUAUAUUGAAAAGCAUUUUUUCGCAGCACGUGGAUGA